AGCAGCAGAGGAGACAGCGUGACAUGCUGAAAGAGCGUCAGUGGGGAACUGAAAUUCAGACCAAAGGCACGACUCGCAGGAGUCUACAACGUUCAUCUUCCUGCUUCACACCAGCACAGACGACACAACCAUGGUGGAGAGAAGAGAUCAGGUGAUUGCACAGCAAGACGGAUGAGGAAGGGAAAAUGGAGACGGCAUGGCUGAGGAUGCUAACGGCUGGAAUAAAAGGCUGCACGAGCAUUGGACUGCUUCCCACGGAGCAGACUGAUUGUUUGAUGAGGAGAAGGCUAUUGUAGGGAAAUCAGAAACAGAAUGCAACAAACUCUGCUAUCUCGCUUCCGCUCUGCUCAAGGCAGCAGCUGCAAGCUGCGAUAAUUUCAUCCCUCUGAGGACGAUGGUGUGAGGUAACAACUGGGGCUCUCGUUUGACCAAGUGAGAGCUGCUGGAUUUACAUGACAGUUUUCAAGCCUGGAUAAAAGCCUUUGCGGUCCACUGCAUCCAUUAGCAGCUGGUCAGAAUCCACUGACCAAUACAAGCGAGCAACUGUCAGAUUGAUUAAGUAGCUACAACCAUGCAGUGGAAACGACGGCAUUGUUGCACACACACAGCGAGACUCCUGUAUCUCCUCUCCCUGCUGGGAGUGCUGAUCUUUCUGGUACAUCAGGUUUGGCUUCCAAAAUUCGCGGGUCUGCAUUGGUGGAGAGACCACCCGGUGGUGCACAGAGUCGACAAGGGAAAUCUGAGUGCCCAACAUCCCAUGUGGAGGUUUGUGAUUGUUCCUCAGGCAACCGUCGCAAACAUCACUUUACCACAACAGGAAGUCACAAUUUCCCAGCUCAACACGUCGAUGCAUGACUCAGCUGUUACUCACAAGAGCCGGAAUCAAGACAGUGGAACGACCAAUGAAUUAACUCCUGGGCCAUUUCGUUACACAGUCAAUGAGCCAAACAAAUGUGCGGAUGACAGCCCGGCACCUUUCCUGGUGUUUCUCAUAGCCACAGAGGCUCGGCAGGUGGAAGCUAGAAACGCCAUCAGGCAGACGUGGGCAAAUGAGACUGUUGUUCCAACUGUACGAGUCAUCCGUCUGUUUUUGCUGGGAAGAACAGAUGGUGAACUCGGAACUUUACAGCAAAGAAUGCUGGAAGCAGAGAGUCGCCGGCAUCAUGAUAUAAUACAGCAAGACUUUUUGGACACCUACAAAAACCUGACCAUGAAGACGCUGAUGGGGAUGAACUGGGUGGCGCUUCACUGCCCUCAGGCCAGCUAUGUCAUGAAGACCGACAGUGACAUGUUUGUCAAUGCAGAAUAUCUCAUCUCCAAGCUUCUCAAACCAGAGCAAAGACCCAAGAAAAACUACUUUACUGGCAACAACAUGAGAAACUUCUCACCCAACCGAAACAAGAACAGCAAAUGGUACAUGCCCCCAGAACUGUACCCCGGAACACGGUACCCCACUUUCUGUUCUGGGACAGGGUAUGUGUUUUCAGGGGAUUUGGCAACAAAAAUAUACAAAGUUUCUUUAAGAAUCCCAUUUCUUCACCUUGAGGAUGUUUAUGUUGGAAUAUGCCUGGCCGAACUCCGGAUUGAGCCCACCCUGCCACCCAAUGGGUUUUUGUUCAAUCACUGGCGGGUGGCUUAUUCAAGCUGCAAGUACAGCCACCUCAUCACAUCCCAUGGUUUUAAUCCCAAUGAACUAUUGAAAUACUGGCAUCACCUGCAAACCAACAAACAUAAUGCCUGCAUCAGCAUGUUCAAGGAGCGGGGUGGCGCUGGUGGGGCAGGAGGAGGAGCAAGGCCUAAAGCACCCAGACACGCUGGGGCCAGGCGGCACCACUGACUGCACUAUUAUUCACAUUCAAGUGCUCUUUAAAUGGUAUUUGUAUUUCCAAAUCCCUCAAUUUGGGACUUUAAUGCUCAUGUAUUUUUGGAUAAAGGUGUUCAAUCAAAUAAAUA